AUGGACUACACGGGACGAGCCGAGGCGGCGGCCGAGCAGAUGGGGCUGUUCCGGCGGGACUCGGGCGGCUGGCGGGGCUGCCGGCGCACGAGCGAGGUUUCGGUUUCCUGGAGACCCUCCACCGAGUUUGCUGGCAACCUGUACCGGGGAGAGGGGAUCGUGCCGGCCAGCCCCCGGGAUGUCUGGGAGUGCAUCAAGCCGGUGGCCGGCGGCCGCAGGACCAAGUGGGACCCAAACGUGAAGGACUUCGAGGUCAUCGAAGCCGUCAGCGAUACUGUCUCUGUGUGCAGAACCACAACCCCUUCAGCUUUCAUGAGGACUAUUUCACCAAGAGAAUUUGUGGAUGUGGUGCUAGUGAAGCAGUACGAAGAUGGGACGAUGCUCUCUGCUGCCACCAAUGUGGAACACCCACUGUGCCCUCCUCAACCAAAUUUCGUGAGAGGUUUUAAUUACCCCUGUGGCUGUUUCUGUGUACCUCUUCCAGGGGAACCCAACAGGACUCAGCUCCUCAGUUUCUUUCAGACUGAUCUUGGUGGCUUUCUUCCCCAGACGGUGGUUGAUUCCUUCUUUCCAGCUAGCAUUGCUGGAUUUUACAGCAAUCUGGGCAAAGCUGUUAAGGAAUUAAAAGCAUGACAAGACCAGUAGCUGACAUCACCAGCUGAGGAUAGGAAAAAAAAAUGGCAGCUUGAGGUUAAAAGUAGGAAGGUGGUCUUACAGGACUUUACUACCAGCAAAGAUAUUAAGGAAAGGUGAAAGGGAAACAACGGAUUGAGUAUAUUUUUAAAGCGGUAUUUUCUGCCUGUCUCUAUUCAAAGCAAUGCACUCUUUUUUAAUACAAUAUCCUUAAUUUUCAUAAUUAGAUAAAUAUCACACUAGAGGGUGGAAGAAUCCUGGAGGCAGCACUGCUGCCUGUCUGCAGGGAGAAGAUGCACGUUCUAGGUCUGUUUAUGGCCAUACUUGGUCAAUGUCAGUGAGGAGAAGCAUUGCUAAAACCCACUCAGCACUACAGCACUAGCCAGGUGCAGGCCAGCCCCGUUUGUUCUCUGAAGCUCUCUGCAGACUCCUCUGGAACAUUGUUCCUUCUUGAAAUGAAGUGGGAGCUCUUUUGCUGCCAGCACUCACAGAGCUGCUGAGAUGCUUUGGUGGGUCUAAAUGGUGAACACCAGAACAAACUGGACAAAUCCCACUUGUUUGUUCCAUCAGACUUCAGUACUGAUGGUAAAUAUGCCUUGAAGUGUUUUUUUCUAAAUUAAAUCUACCAGUGAAAGUCAAUUAAUAGGCCUGUGGGUUGGCAAUUAGACACUCUUCCUUUCUCCUCUCUUUACCAAAACCAGUCAUUUCCACAAUGUUGUGAAACAAACUACACUCGCAUAGUGACAAUAAAGAGGAUUAAGCACUUUACUUGCCUUUUUUUUUUAAAUGUACUUGAAAUUACCAUUUUUUAACUGCACUUGAAAGUUUUUCAGUCUCUUCUGGUGAGAGGUUUUAACGGGUAAGUAAUCUUUUCUGUAGUUUAGUCUUGACAGGUCAGGAGGACAUUGCAUUUUUUUAUUUUUUUUUUCCAAGCCUGGUUUGUCUCACAUGUCUUGGGAAAUCAUCUCCUGACCUUGUGUGCAGUGAUGUAUCCAGCUUUAGAAAAUCUUUGUGGUGCUGGUUACUGCAGGAAUGUCAAACAUUAGUGUGGAUUACAUAUAAUUGCAAAAGGAAAACUAAUAAGAUGUUUAAAUGCAGGUUAUGAUUUUAAUGCUGUAGUUCAAUUAUUUAACAAGGUUAAUGUGCUCUGCUUUCUGUCCCUGUAUUUGUUUUAAAUUUAGUAUAGGACAUGGAAUUGCACACAAGUUUUUCACUGUAAAUCUCACCCUAUGGAAUAGAUUUUUAAAGGAAGAAGGUUUUAAUCUAGUCUCCUAUGUGUACAAAGAUGUAAAAACUCUGGGAUUAAAUAAAUAUUUUCCUGCUACA